AUGCCGACGCAACCCACCGACGUCGAACCAGGCCCGAGGCCACGACCAAAGAGGGAUGAAGGUACUUUUGUUUUUCUUGCUUUCUUUGGAGAAAGCGGCGUUGGCUGA